UGAAAGUGAAGAGGAUUUUCUUUACUCUGCUCUGAAUUGCGCGCGCUGGAACUUUAUUCCUAACUGCGCUGUUUUCUGUUUAUUUCCUGUAUAUAUUUUUUUGUUUAUUUUGGAGAAAAAAACUGAAAACUUUAUUUGAAUGUAAAAUCUUUACUUUAAUAAUCUCUUUAUUUUAUUAGUAUUAGCAGUAUUUUGGUUAUGAAUAUGUACAGCAUGCUGGAUCACGAGCUGAAAAGUCCGCUUCAGCACGCGACCGUCAUGAUGCCGGUAAAUGGUAGCAUGCACGUGAGCUCCACACCGGCCGCCCCGGGAGAUCAGAAGAGCUCCGAGUCUCUGGAUAAAGUCAAGCGGCCAAUGAACGCCUUCAUGGUGUGGUCCCGCGGCCAGAGGCGCAAGAUGGCGCAGGAGAACCCGAAGAUGCACAACUCUGAGAUCAGUAAGCGGCUCGGUGCGGAGUGGAAGCUGCUCGCGGACGCGCAGAAACGGCCCUUUAUCGACGAAGCCAAGCGGCUGCGCGCGCAGCACGUGAAGGAGCAUCCCGACUACAAGUAUAAACCGCGGCGCAAAACUAAACCCGCAGCCAAGAAGGAUUGUCCGGUGAGCGCGCUCCCGCUAAGCGACGGGUUCCUGAGCGGAAGUGCACGGAUGGAGGGUUACGGCUGGGGCACGGCGGGAGGAUACGAGAACGCGCAGGGGGACGCGCUCGGUUACACCCCGCAGAUUCACCGGUACGACUUGUCGAGCUUCCAGCCGAGCUACACGAGCGCGUACAGUCCGGUGCAGUACAGUACCAUAGAUACUCCUCAGUCCAGCUCGGUCAUGUCCACAGGUAAGCCUGGUCAGAUGACUCGGCCCUCAUGCAGCAGUGGUGUGAAUCUGCCCGGUGCUCCGUUACAGCCUGACCAGAGGGAGGUGAUUAGCCUGUGCACCCCGAGUGGAAGUGGAGACACAGAGGGGAGCUACAGCGCUAACCUGCAGCAGCAUUACCUCACUGGGCCCACCUCACUCACACACAUCUGAAUUCACAGAGGGAGUGGGCGUGUCUUCACCAGGGUCAUGUGACUCCAUUAACAAAGAGCUGUGAAGUGAGUGUUUAUAACCAGAGGAAAACUCUGAGAUCAGACGUCUGAUAUUCGUUAACAUCUGAUAACGUUAGCAUUAUUUUACUGUAAAGGAUCAUGGCACCACACACACACAGUGCUGUAAACACUGCUGCUGUCUGUAGAAGUUUGAUGAUUUAGAGAAAAAAAAUGGAAUUAAAUAUUUGCACAUGACAUUAAAACACACUGUUCACACACUGCUCUUAAAGGUGAAGCAUUAACACACACACGAGCUGGACAAAAACACGCAAAGGUAAUAAAGUAUUUUAUUAUUUUUGUGUCUCUUAGUUUCUAUUUUUUGUAACACACACUCACAUACACUGUCUCUCUCCCUCUUAUGCGCACACACACACACAGACCCCUGUGUGUGUGAAGUCAGUCUUUAUUCUGAUGAUAAUGAGAUGCUCCACAGCAACUA